ACUUCACAGUUGAGUCGAUCAAACCCAUCGCUCUCAUCCUUUUUCUCGACAAAUCCGUUACCGGUACUAUACAAUCCUCUCCCCCAUUAUCACCGAAGAUCCCGACCCCAUCCUCUUCUCCCUUCCUCUCGCACCACCCCUGAAUUCUUUCCUAUCAUCAUACAUUUCCCAACGAGAAGUCGACUUGCCUCUUCAGAAGUCAAACCCCGAUCCUUCUUCACCCGUAGAGGGACGCCGCCCGAGCUCGAUUCAGCUCCAAAGCUGCUUCCUUUCCGGUGCGAAUGAUGGAUCUCUGUUCUCUCAACGUCAAGAACGCCGGCGGCACCCCUUGCCUCCUCAGGAAUCACUACCGCGAGGCUCCGGUGGUCGGGUUGCGGUUCUUCGAGAUCAGUGUUCUCGGGAGGCGUUGCAGGCCUUCUCCAGCCGCCCAUGGUGGUGUGGGUCACCGUCGGUCCCUCCUCGUCCGGGCUCUCGCGAAGAAGAACCCCUCCAAUUCCCCCUCUCCCGAGAAUGGUGAUCGGUCAACUCCAGAAGGUGAUGGUUUGAGAGGGAGUAAUUCUGCUGACAGCAACAAACCGAACGACCCUGCUGCCCAGAAGUCUCAUCUGAACCUCGACUGGAGAGAGUUCCGGGCGAAUCUAUUUCGAAGGGAGCAGACAGAGAAGGUAGAAGCUGAUGCCCAUAGCCAAGAAGGAGCCAAUCAUGAGCCCAAACCUCUUGGCGCCAAAUGGGCCCACCCUAUUCCAGUGCCUGAGACAGGCUGUGUUCUCGUUGCCACUGAGAAGCUUGAUGGUGUUCUCACCUUUGAGAGGACUGUUGUUCUUCUCCUCAGAGCCGGGACUCGACACCCACAAGAAGGCCCAUUUGGAGUGGUCAUCAACCGCCCGCUUCACAAGAAGAUCAAGGACAUGAAUCCAACUAAUCACGACCUUGCCACCUAUUUUGCUAACUGUUCUCUGUACUUUGGUGGGCCUCUAGAGGCGAGCAUGUUCUUGCUGAAGAAUAAUGGGGAGAAGUCGAAAUCGAAGCGUCCUGGGUUUGAGGAGGUGAUCCCUGGGCUAAGUUUUGGUGCGAGGAACAGCUUGGACGAGGCUGCUGCAAUGGUGAGGAAGGGACUACUGAAGCCUCAGGACUUCAGAUUCUUCAUGGGCUAUGCAGGAUGGCAGUUUGAUCAGCUGAGGGAAGAGAUAGAAUCCAAUUACUGGUACGUUGCUGCAUGCAGCUCAGACCUCAUCUGCGGUGGCUCGUCGAACUCUUCAUCAGGUCUGUGGGAGGAGAUCUUGCAGCUAAUGGGCGGACCUUACUCCGAACUGAGCCGAAAGCCAAAGCAAGACAUGUAGAUAUAACCUCAUUCCGAUGGUUAAAAUAAAGAGAACAAUUUUAUAUCCAAUCUCGAGCUUGAGAUCGACCUAUUGUGGAAUCCUUGUGAAGCCAAAUGUACAGUAGUAUCUCAAUCUGAGUAUAGUUUAGGUCCUGCUGUUAUUCCCUUCUCCAUUUCUACUUAGAGCCUGUAAGUUGCUGAACUCCACACUUAUUAUUUAUCUUCCAUUUCAUAGAAA